GGCCCAAGUAAGGGUAGAACGUAUCCACAUAAAAGUGUACCUGCCUCUUUAAUAUAACGUUAAACUCUCAUUCGCUGCGUGGUCAACACACCGUACACACGUGAGGUUUCGUGAGACCUGGAAUAUGGGUCGAGAUGCAAUCAACUUGCACUGCUUUCACUACUUUCACUACGACAUCAACGUAGCACCACCGCUUCCCGAUCUCUCAUGGAUCACAAGAGUCUGGAUCGAAACUUGUGUGUCACUAGAUGUAUCCAUAGCUCAAUAUCCAGAGUCCGCGUACCGGUGGAGAGUGGAACGCAAGGGCAUUAACCAAGAAUUGGCAUCUUUUAGACUUCCACGAUGCAGCUUCGUCUUCUUCCGGUUACCAGUUUUCUUGGUCCCCAGUCCAGCGGGAAUGCUACGACUCUUAAACGGAAACCGCUUCAGGGAACGUUUCCUUGAGGGAUCCCUUGCCUUUCACCACGACUUCUGGUUCAAACUCUGGCCUCUGGUUGGUUUCGCGACCUCUUCCGCGACUUCGUCUGCAAUCCGCGGCCGAGUGUGUGAUUCAAUAUCGCGCGAGGUAUAUCGCUCAGCCGGAGACGGGUAUGAUCGUUCAGGGGUCGCUACAUAUUGCAUAUGUAUUGCCUGCCGUUCAAGUCACAGCCAUGGAGUGUACCCUCUCUCCGUGAGAUUCCUCCAAAGUCCCAUCUUCGAGGCUUCCGAGGCUAUUGGGUCUUGAACAUGCGUCCUUGACAUGACCGGGGCCAUCUCCCAAGUACCGCUUAACAAUUUAGACAUUCGUCGAUAGAGGCAAAAAUCCAGACUGGAAGUUGGGGGCAUCCGGCAUGUGUUGUCCAAGGUGGAUGAAUCUGAAUCAUGAGAGCGGUGAAUGGGUUUCGCCACGAGGCCUCUCUAUCCCGAGGCCGACGAUGUUGUUGAUCAAAUCGACGC